AUGGUGGAAAGUUUAUAUGCCGGUGAUUCACCAAGAUCUAGAUCUCCAAUGACUGAACCCUCGUCGCCGCUACAAGACGCACCGGGAAUUUCCGGCAAUAAUAUUAUUAACAAUAAUCAUCAGCGUUUUCUUUAUAAUUACUCGCCUGAUAGUGUCCAGCAGAAGCUGAAAACACUCGAACAAAUAACGCAAAAAGAUCAUCAUCAUCAUCAUCACCGUGAUCGUGAUCGUGACCGCGAACGUGAACGCGAACGUCAUGGAUUUUUACGAAGAAGUCCAAUGAGUGCGGAAGAGUCUUCGAGGUAUCGUCAGCGAGAGAUGUCAUCGCGUCCCAGCUCAUCGGCCGCACUGUCAUCUCCUACUUCGCUGUUCACAAUCGACAGUAUUUUAGCACCUAGACCGACUGGUGGCAAUUCUACCAGCACCAGCGGCGGUAUUUCUGCUGGUCAAACAAAUUCAGAGACCGUCGGCUCACCACCGCGGACUAUUCAUCCGCUUCAGCAGCAGCUUCAUCAUCUAGCUUUUACACCAGCUGAUUUUUUAGCUGCUGCGUACCCAGGACUCUAUCCAGGCGGUUAUGUAGCCGCGAUGGCAGCCGCCGGAGUGUCAUUGCACAGCCAACCGGCUUUUUAUCACACGACACAUCCCUAUCAGAUGAACCCCAAUGGCCCCGGAGUGGGCCCGAUGACCAAACGUAAGCGCAGACAUCGGACCAUCUUCACGGAGGAGCAGCUAGAGCAGCUAGAGGCCACCUUCGACAAGACCCACUACCCCGAUGUCCUUCUUCGCGAGCAACUGGCCCUGCAGGUCGACCUCAAGGAAGAAAGAAUCGAGGUUUGGUUCAAAAAUCGUCGAGCCAAGUGGCGGAAACAGAAGCGCGAAGAACAGGAGCGACUGAGAAAACUUCAACUUGAGCAACGACAGCGCAGCGACGACAGUGUGGCCAAUGCGAUCAGAGUCCCUGGACACUUGAGUCUCAAUGGUCAGCAUGAUCAGGACACUGACAGUUCAGACCUUGAGGUAGCGUAG